UCUUAUGUUGGUUGCACUUGAAGUUGGUAUUUGCCAAGAGCCUGCCAUUUUGUAAGAUAGAAGGGAGAUAAAAAAUAGUUUUAUGGUGUUAAAAUUUUACAAAAACUUCGUUGCCAUUUAUAUUAAGGCCCAAAACAAAUGUUUAAAUGGACGCAUCGUCCAUUAUAACUCAGGUGUCUCGGGAUGACGAGCAAUUAAACAAUUAUGGAUCCGACAGAGGGUCAUCCCCUGGCGGGCAGCACAGUGAAGGUGAUGGCACGCCAGUAUCGUCGACACCCCUGGGCAGUAAGAAGUCCGGGGGUGGCGGAUUCCUGCGAUCGCUACUGUGCUGUUGGCGCGGCGGCCGCGGGAAGGGCCCCCCUGGCAAUGGCACGAACAGUGUGGAUGGCAGGGCUUCGCCGCCCCUGCUCAUCAUGGCAGACCAUGCUCCCCGACCACUGUUACCACCAAUUAGACACCAGGAUAUGCAUAAAAAGUGUAUGGUGAUAGACCUGGAUGAGACGUUAGUUCACAGCUCUUUCAAGCCAAUAAACAACGCGGACUUCGUCGUACCGGUCGAAAUUGACGGCUCCGUGCACCAAGUAUACGUCCUCAAGCGACCGCACGUCGACGAGUUCCUGCGGCGGUGUGGCGAGCUGUACGAGUGCGUGCUGUUCACCGCCUCGCUCGCCAAGUACGCGGACCCCGUGGCCGACCUGCUGGACCGAUGGGGCGUGUUCCGAGCGCGCCUGUUCCGGGACAGCUGCGUGUUCCACCGCGGCAACUACGUGAAGGACCUUAACAGCCUGGGCCGAGAUCUACGGCGCGUCGUAAUAGUCGACAACUCGCCCGCCUCCUACAUAUUCCACCCGGACAACGCAGUACCCGUCGCGUCGUGGUUCGACGACAUGACAGACUCAGAACUGUUGGACUUGAUACCGUUUUUCGAGAAACUGAGCAAGGUGGACAGUGUAUACACAGUGUUGCGCAAUUCCAACCACCCGUACAAUCCCACGCAGAACAACUCGCCGAGCACAUAGCCCGGCCCGCCGGCGCGCCGCGCCCGCAAGGAGCGGCAGCGGGCCGCGCGAGAUGCGCGAGUCCUGCGCGAGUUGCGCAACAUGCGCAUGCAGGUGCGCGAGUGGCGCGCGCGAGCUCGCGACGACGCGCCGCUCGAGCUGGCGACGCUCGAGCUCGCGACCCCCGACCCGCCCGCGCCGUACACCUUCCUCGAAACACUCAUUAAGAAAGGAGCGAAUUUCGUCUUAAGUGCCAAUUUUGCCUUCUGGAUAGUAAGGACGUUAUUUGUACCUAUUUUACAGUUUAGGUAUUUCUUAGUGCGUAAGUGGUCAGUAUGAUGGAUUUGUGAUGUUUCUAUAUAUAUUUUUCUCCGGUUUAUUUGACUCGCUGUUGAGCUUGCGGUAUUAUGUGCGUGUUCUUAUGUGGUCCGACUGUAUUUCGGAGUUUGACUAACUUAAAAAUUUAAUGUCUUAAUGUACGCAUUCGGGUUACCAAUACUAACAUAUAUUUGCAGAUUUUUUCCAACGACCUUUUUAUAUCGUGCUUGGGAUCAAAUAUAAAUAAGUUAGAUAUUUUUACUUAAAACGUCUUAGCGGACGCGAUCAUUCAUCAAAAAAUAUUUCACAAUAUUUCAAUUAGGUAUACUAUAGAUUGCAUCUUUGACAAUUCUAAAUCAAAUCUGAAUCGAUGGACUUUUACAUACCUAUUCGCUUAUCUCAAAAUCGAUGUGUUCCCGUACUGGACAAUUGUAAAUAUUAAUGUUUUUUAUAUACUACAGCUGAUAGCUUCAAUCAUAUAGGUAUAUCGGAAUCAUGGUAGUGUACAUAUAGUUAAUUAAAAUAAUAUAAGUCAAACAGAAAUAAAGCACUUAAGGUACAAAUUGGAACCCGGCGACGUGUCGGGACCGCAGAUGACGACUGCAGAUACGUCGCCGCGUCAUAUCGCUGUUUUAGUUUCGAAUUCUAUCGCAUUUUACGUAGUUCGCACUACCGAUCUGCGAUCGGGAUCGGUUACGUGUAGCCCGACUUCCUGUCGCUGAGUUUAAAAGGUAUUUCAUAGAAAUACAUAGAAGUCGUAACGCGGCGAUGUUUCAUCUGCGGUCGCCUCAAGUCGCCGGGUUCCAACUUGUACCUUUAAGGUGAAUUCAAUCGCACUAUCCGAGGUCGAUGUUGCAGUCAAAAAUGAAAUAAAACAAUUUAAAUGAAUUAUUUUAAAUAAUUAUUUUAGUUAUCGCUUUCAGAAUUGACUCUUCCAGUAAUUUGACUUACAAGAUAUAAUUUUAAAUUAUUUUAUCGCUUAAUUUUACUACUUAAAAUAAAAAUGUUAACCCAAUUGAAGCACUUAGUGUUACACAGCCGUAAGGUUUGUGCACAUUAGACGUAAUUUUGUGACGUAUUGUUACUAUAGGUGUAUAUUUAUUGUGUACAUACCUUGGUGUUUACCGUUAAGGCACUACGGACUUAUCAUAUCUCGUAAGUCCUCACGUACUUGUACAAGUACGAAUUCAAUUCGAGUUUUGAAAUAUUAUUAAAAAAAAGUUCCAAUUUCAAAAGCGUAGCAUGAGUCUUAAGACUCUUAAACAAAUGAAACCUCGAGCUCUAGUUAGAUUCCACCUAGAACAGGGAAUUAAAUUUGAAUAAUAUGCUUUUAUGCAAAAACGGUUGCCAUCCGAGCCAAUCUAAGUUUAACGAAUUAUAACUUUCUGGGUAAUAUUAAUAAGGGCGCAAAUGUCUUGGACAUACGUAGAAGAUAAGUUCGUGGUGUCAUACAGUCCCCAAUUCAUUGACGACAAUAAACGUCAUUCGAGUGUCAUACGAAUCGUUUUAAUGUAAUUUAUUAAAUAUUUUUAUAUUGAACACGGGUGGUCAGUUCAAUUUGGCAACUUAAUGUAUUAAAUCUGCUCUCAUUUAAGUCCCUAGCUACUUCUAAAUCCGACUUACGUUUUAAUUCAAAAGUGAUAUUCACGUUCUAUGAGAGCAGAACACUGCACGUAUUUUUAUGACAUCUCAGUAUUAACCUAGUGUAAUAAUCGAUGCCAUAAAACAAUGAAUGUACGCAUACUUAUGUCAUCAUAAUUAUAAAAUACUACCUGUUAAUCUCCCAAUCGCGUGUCACUAGGAAAUGUGAUCAUUAUUAUGUACUCUACAAUGGUUGCUUUCGCAAUAUAGUUGAUUUUGAUAGGAGCUUGAGGUUAACAGUCUUAUAAAUAUUGACUGUCUAAAAUUAAAAUAACUAAUAGUGGAAUAGGAUUAAUUGCAACAAGAAAUCAUGCGCAUUGAGACGAGAGUGGGUACGUCUUGGAGCGCCGGACAUUCGUACCCAAGAUAUGCCCCUCUUUGACACAAGUUUAUAGUAUCACACAUACAAAGUAUAGUUGUGUCGUUCUCAAGAAUGUUCUCCGUUUUGUACGGGGAAUGUUCUCGCGCGAGAACAUUCCCCUUAGUAAAUGGAGAACAUUCUCGAGAACGCCACUACAUACAAGCUAGCGUGCAAACGAGUAUGAAUAUAUGUAGUUUCAUUUCUUGUUGUAAAUAUUGAUCGCGGUAUAACUAAAAUAACAUAGCGUAGUUAUUUGACAUUGAUCGAUCAGAAUAAAUUAAUACUUGCAACUGUUUUAGCAUAUUGUUUUCAUAAAUAUAUAGCUAUUUCGUAAAUUGACAUCCUUUAUAAGGUCUAAAUAGUUGGUUUAGAGGCAUCUUAGAUGUCAGAUAGAAUAACUGUCUCGGUUAUUAUCAAUUAAAUUAUUUGUACUUUGUAAAGGACAUCAGGCAGAAAUUAAUUUAGUAGACAAGUUAAUUACGUUAUUUAAAAUUGUCUAGCACCGCGAGCUAUUCCUAAGACAUCCAACGCCAUACUGAACUUAUGACCUAUGCCUUUCAAUUAAAUACAAAAAAAAACGACUUAUAAAAACUGUCCCAGAUCGCAAUAAAUUCAAAAUUGUAACAUUUUUAUAAAGAUUCGAUUAAUUAGGUAAACAAAAUGGUGCUUUCAGUAUUAGUUGUGUAAGCAGCGACUAUAAGAUUUCUAUAGUACUUGUAACGCACAUUUGGCUCUAAAUUUGGUUCGAUUCGAUAAUGCGGGCAGAGGUUGUGAACAAAUUAAAUUCCAGUAAUCAUACAGUUUUACACUUUUAUUUAGAUGGGUUUGUCUAGAAAGAUUAUUUUGAUAUCUGAUUUCAUUCUGUCGAGUCUUUUCUGUUCUAUACAGGACGAAAUGCCGAAGAGAACUAAAAAUAUGUCAUAAAUAAUAUUUUUGGAAUGAAGCUAUUACAUCUUUAUUAAUACUUCCCAUUCCUUUUUAAACUAUUCUGUGAAAUCAUCUUCAUUUUGGCAUCAUGCCAUCUAUUUAUUGUUUUAUAUUAGUUGCUUAGCAAGAUGGUUUUUAUUGUUUUUUUUUAUGUAAUGUUUUUAAACAAUAUCAAUAUAUUAUUGUUUUAGUAGCGACAUAUUCAAAAGAGAAACGUAGGUCUUCUUUAGCAAACCUUACAAAUGCGCAAUAUACUUUAAUUUUAAAUAUUUAAUUUCUCCGUUAAGGACGUCCAAUCACAGCCGCCUCUAGAAUCACCUUAAGAUACCACAAUUUAAAAUACGCGCAUUAAAGCAGUCUCUGCUAGGACGGCUUACUUCCCUCUUUUUACUAUGUCAGCACUGUACAUAAGAUUUUAAAAACAAAACACAUCUUAAAUCGAUAUUAAACCGAUUAAUUUUCACGAUUGAAUGUAAAUGUUAGUUUGUUAUUUAGUACUAUGCUGGUGUAUGUAUGUACUAUACAUAUGUUUUAUUAGAUAUACGCAAAUGCUAGUUGUAACCUGUCCUUUGUAGGGUAAAGUCCUUCCAGAGUGUGCUGGCUUGCGGCCUGGACUUAUUUUAUUACAGAUUAAUGUAUUUUUUUAAAACUAAUCUAGCAUAUUUAGGCAUAACUAAAUGUCCGCUUAAUCAGAAGCGAUGUCCUCUUUAAGCACAUAUCUUUAAAACGAAAUAUAAAUUAAUUUAUCAUAUUUUGUACUUAUGUGUUAUGACUAGAUAUCAGUGUUGGCCGAAUGUUAAUUAAAAUUGACCAUUAACCAUUACAAAUUGAACCGUAAGCUGUAACCGUCCUUUACUGUUUAUGGUUCAAUUUGUAAUGGAUAAUGGUCAAUUCUAAUUAACUUUCGGCCAACACUGCUCGAUAUGUUUUAAAAUACGAAUGGCUAUUAAUGUAUUUGGUAUUUUCCCAAUCGCAAAUGCCCCUUCUGGCCCAGGUCGCAGGCAUCAUCCGUAGACCACGGUAGUUGGCAUUUAUUUGUAAGCAUUAACAGUAGAGGUAGGAUGUUAUAGUAAUAUAUACGUUGAUUUCUCUAGUUCUAAGAAUUCUGUUGUUUGAAUGACGCGUUUUUAAAAACAAAUUUAACUUACUAGAAACACUCCCCGUGAAUACCUUACGUAGAUUAUACUUUUUAUUAUGUAUUUGACUAUUUUUUGACUACAAAUCGUCCGAAAUGUUAUUUAGGUAAAAAAAUGGUUAUUUCAUUUUAAUAAUGCAUGCAAUAAAAAUUGAUUGAUAUUUUGCUAUUAAACUUAUAUUAAUGAAAUAAAUUUAUUUUAUGUCUAACAUUAUUUAGAGAUUUUGUGGAUUUGUCGUUGUAUCAUUAUUAUAUUUUUUAUUAUUGUAAAUUAACAUUGGUUUUUAAGGUUAAUUUUGAUUGAACGAUCAAUUAACAUUACUUGUGGAAAUUUGUUGACUUAAUGGAAUUUUAGGAUUAUUCUGACCGUUGGCCGAGUGAAUCUUUAUGAAAAUAUUUUGAUAUACUCAUGAAUCAAUAAUAAAUAGCAUGUGUAUAAAUAACAUUUGAAGUAACAAUUGAGUGCCCAUAAGUUACAGUACCGUUAAUUCGUAUGAUUUGAAUUCAUGUAACUAAAAUUCACAAGGAUUCACUCUUCAACAAAUUUUAGAUAGCGGUGCUUCGAACAAUUAAUGUAUUUGUAUAACAUGGAACGGCCAUAUACAUAAAUUAGAUCCAUCCAUUAUAUUGCAAAAUAUGUAUCGCAGACAUUUUAAUUUUCUAAUAUAAUUUGCUUGUAAACAAAGUACAAAUCAGAAGGCAAAGCGAACAAAUAGUCUUUUAAAGUAAUAUGUCCUUAUGCUCCCCAUGAUGUAUAUCAAUGGAAACAUUCUCGAAAUUCUUGCCUCUAGGUUAAAAUUGUAUAAAUACUCUAAAUUUUUAUACCGCAAAAUAAUCUUAAUUAUUAAGUCACUGCCCUUUUAGACACAUUGGAUGGAACGGUCAAGUUUUUUGUGGCUUAGGUUUUUGCAUGACUAAUGUUUACUUAUAACAUAAUUUAGAAUGAUUAUUGUGUAUUUGCCCUUAUGAAAAUAACUCGAGAUAUUAGAUAUCUCUGUAGAGUAUAAUGAAAUAGCGUCAUUGUCCACACUGUAACGUAUCGCGUGUAUUUUAGUAUUGUUCGUGGUGACUACUAUGACCAUGGAAAGGACAUGAAUAAUGUUAUAAAUUAGUUAUGCAGCGACCUUUGCUGUUCCAUAUUGUCGUGCAAACGUUUUAAAAUACUUAGGUUUCACGGAAAAAGUGACUGUAGUACAUCAUGUAGCAAAACCAAGCCGUAUUUCUAUCCAACAUAAAGUUGUAUUUAAAUUGACGAUGGCCGCUUUCUCCGUGAACGCUGAACCUGUUUUCUUUAGUAAUUUGCAGUUAUUAACAUCCCAUUCAAGGCCACGAAAGUGCGGUAUUCUUAAAUUCCUUAGCUUAACACAGUGCAAUAUUCAUUUACAGUUUUUAAACUCAAGUUGGUAGAUUUAAAGAGUAAAUCGCAUUGUGGUGUACCUUUUAGAUGCCUAAGUUUCUUACAGCAGAUUAGCGACACAAUUAGAUUUUAAUUCAAUCAUAUUUUGUUCUUAUGAAAUGUUGAGUAGCUAAUCCUAAGUUGUUUGAUUAAAUCACAGAUGUAACAUUUUUUUUUCUUUGAGGUACCUCAUAAUGUGUUGACAUAAUUGAUUGAACAAUGAAUGUAAACAAUAAGCCAUUGUAGAUAGCAUAUGUACAGCAUUGGACGGUAUUACGGUAUCACCUAUCUGGACGCAAGUGAGAGACUAUAAGUAUAUUUAUGUGUUAGCCGCGGCAAUAGGAUCGAGUAGCUAGGUAACGUUUACCUGAGACGAAAUUUAUAUAAUGGUGUACAUUUUUGAUAUGAUGUUGUACAAAAGAGACAUUUGGUAUGUUAUUUUAUAGGAAUGAAAUAAAUAGCCUUAAUAAACAA